AUGGAUCCCACGUCAGGAAACUCUCAAAAGCGUGCCAAGGCGCUGGAUGUUUUAGAGAAACACAUGUCACAACAAAACAAGCGCUCUAGAAGUAGCAAUUAUGGGGCGCUAUCCUCGAUGCUGCAGACCAUCUCAGGAUCUUCUCGGCUGCCAGCACCAUCUAAGCAGCCUUAUCGGGAAGUUACAGUAGUAUCAUCUCCAACUAGAAAGAAGGACAGAGAGCUCUCGGUAAGCCACCACAUUUCAGAGUCACCAGAACCGCUGCAACUGCGCUCAUCACCAUUAAGAAAAAGUGUUGCGUUUUCUGACAGAAUCGACUCUUCGCCAUUAAAUGACAUUUUAAAUUCCAGCCCGCGUCCACUAUCCCAGGCUAGACCACCAAGACCCAUUCUCAAACCUUCUGUUUCACCCGUACGCUUCAAAAGCAGCCCUCAGCGUUCAAGGCCUGGAUCUAGGAAAUACAACGAAGAACGUCUUGUUUUAGACGCCUCCACACAUGUAAGGCUAAAUCCACUCAAUCUUGACUACUGGGUUUGUGGGGAAGUUCACAGCCUAUAUGAUACCAACAGCGUCGCGGAAUUCAAGGCUAUAUUAACUGGAGGGCUGUACUUUAUGUCGAGUGGGACGUCGGCAGCCAAGGAAAGAUACUUUGAGUUCUAUGCCACUUUCAAUAAUAUCAUGCCAGUUUACACAUCCCAAACUUAUUCGGCGGUCAAAGACAAGAAAAUACAAAUUGUUAUCUCCAAUAUUGAUCUUAUCUUAACUACAUGCAUUCCACAACUAAUCGAAUUUCAGGCUGUUCUACUUAGCUCCCUAAAGAAGGACCCAUUUGCAUCUAGAACAUAUGUUCAGAUAAUUCGCUUUCUGAACACUUUAUUUUCCAACUUUAAACUGAUUAAGGCUUGUGAUACAAACAGGCUAUUCCUGUCUUCGCUACAUGAAGUUGUUCAUUGUUGCAUUGAAAGCAUGCAGCAUCCGAAUUCAAAUAAAGUUAUGAUAAUAGCGCAACUGGCCUUACUCAGAGAGGAACAAUGCGGUAUACAGAAAAUGACAGCGUUGAACGUUACAGCCAUCAUCAAAGCGAUUCCAAAGAUGAAAAAAAUCGACAGUUCCAAUCUAAUAUGCGAAAAGCUCCUUCUACUAAAAAAUUUUCUCGCGAAAUACCCAGAUGUUAUGCUUGAUAACAUCAAUUCUUGGCUACCAACGGAGGUCUUUUCGCGACUUUUAAUCGAUGAGGAGUUUUAUUCUUCAAAGAUCGCAAGUAACAGCGUUUCUAUACUGCUGGAUCUACUCAAGAAAUGCCUAACGGAAUGUAAUAACCUAAGUGUUCUCAUUGUGCUCAAACAGCCUGCAUCUGACCAUCUAGCUUCAUUUAGAGGCAAUGAGAAAAUAAAAAAAUACCACGAAAUCAUGGAAUCUAAAGUCACUUUCGAGGAGCUUCUUUUAACGCGUGUAGAUUACCUGGUCCAAAAGGAGGAACCCAAAUUAGCGAUGGACCUUUGGCUAGCACUAGUUGGGCUUCUUUUCAAUUCCGACACUGAAACUGACAAGUUGUGCUCUAACCCGAUCAACCCUUGGCUGAGAGUGAAUCUCAAAUACCAAGCAGCAAGCGAGGCGAAUAUACGAGGCCUAGCACUACGAUCUUGGAGAAUAGUAACUUAUGUUUUAUGCUGUAAAAUAGCGAGGGACCCAGACGAGAGAAGUUUUGUCCUCGUAGAUACUCUCUUCAAACCAUUUGCUAAGGCACAGUCUAGAAACAAAGCUGAUUGGGAGCAAAUAUGUUACGUUUUGCGAGGUGUUUUGUACAUGGCGCUCUGCAAUCAUGAUUCCAAAGUUUUCAGUUUCAAUCUUAGCCACAUUGUUAAACCUUUGCUGUUGGGUGAUUCUCAAGUUUCUUUUAAGGGCUGUCGUGGAUACUGUUUACAGAUUAUCAACGCCCUGUUUCCGCCGCCAAACAGUGCAAGACUUAGUAAAAAAGAAUACAACCCAUUGAAAGUUGUCGCAUCAGCAGGAGUUGUUGAGGAAGAUUUUCUCCUCUUCCCCUCUCAAGUAUGCGAAAAGUACUGGCAGCAAUUUUUGGAAUAUGCAAUCGAAUUGAUAGAUGCUCCUGAAAGUGACGCAGACAACAAUUCGUUUCAUUUCCUCGCUCUCAAUGUCGAGAAGGCACCAGAGUCAUUUGUCUCUGAAGUAACAAAAGAUCUCUGUUUGCGCGCCUUUUCCGAGUCGCUGUUGCUUCCAUUAUCUGAUUUCAUGAAGAAGAUAACACAAACUUUAAGCUCUAGUAUGCUCACAUUCAAGCACCUUAUGUGGAAACCGUGUGAAAGUAAUAAACGCAUGCAACAAGUCAUUUCAUCAAUUAUGCAAAAAAAAAAGUUCAGCUACGUUGACCUUUUGAAAGCAGUGAUCGACGAAACAAGAAAUGGCAUCUCAGAUCUGGAAGUAUACAACUAUUUUCUGGCUUUCAAUGAAACAACCGUUGUAUCUUACGUCUCGAAUUCCGUGAGCUCCAAAAUACACUCGCCGUUGUUGUCUCACAGUGCCUUCUCGGCUCUACUUUGUAUUGCUAAUAAGAUCCCUAAGAAAGAAAUCGCAGAAAAUGUCAUGAGAGUAUGCGAUAAACUUAAACGCGAUGUAGGUACAGAGGAACACUGUUUGAUGAACAAUUGCGAUAAAGAAACAUUGUCUGAAUACCUAAAAUUUCGAAUAAGUCCAUAUACACCUGAAAUUGAUCAGGAAUUUGUUGAGCAGUUUGGCAUUACUGUUAGAAGCCACACACAAUUAGCUUCACAUUUGCACGAGAUUCUGGACUACAACGAUUAUUCAAUUUUGGUCCUGCGCUCGAUGAUUUUAGAGAGCAGUGCAAACUUCAAAAAAUCAAAAUUGAAGCUUGAAUGGUGGGAACCUAUUAUCUCAGAAUACCCCAAAAAUGCUCUUGCUCACGUAGCAACAUGUUUCGGCGAGUUAAGUGAACACUUAAAGCUGUGCUUCAUAAGUCGGGCUAUGGAAUUAGGUGACCUUCAAAGCAUACGAACUUGCCGACUAUUCGUCGAAAAUAUGGCUAUAUCAUGUCCCAACGAGCUGGUUUCAUCUAAAAUAGUUCUCAGCAAAUCGCAAAGAGGCGUUCUUAAGGAUUGCUUGCUGAAAAGGGAGCGCUCUUUACUGAAUGAAGCCCUUUGCAUGUUCGCCAUUGCAGGGUUCUCAAGCUAUAUAGCCGAAUUCUGGCAAGAAAAUGAGCCACACGUAUUAGGAAUUAUCAAUGCAAGAACUUUAGUGAUGCUUGUGGAUAAGGCUGGAGAAGCUAAUGAAUCGGUGUCGAAGUACUUCAAAACAAGCCUGGUCGAAAGUUCGUCAACCUUUAUCGUUGAAGCUAUAGAAGCAGCUAUGGAUUAUGAUAAGAUUGGCAUAAUUGUUAGCUGCAAAGAAGAAAUAACCGAGUUCUUACUAGGCAACAGCGAAAGACUUGGAGGGAACAGGAGUAGAGCGAUGGACGUUCUGCCCAAGAUUUUGAAUAUAAUAGCAGUCGAGGACAACAAAGCACUAAGCCCUGCUCUGCGAAGGCUUUGCUGCAUGUUGCCUGCUAAAAAAGAAUCCCUUGUUUACGAACAGCUUUCCAUUCUUUGUUUGGCCCAGAACUUCAAUUCAGAGGGCAUCAAAAAGAUUCGGGAAAAUAUUGAGGCAAACCUCUUCGAACUGCCCGCAUUGAAGAAUGAGAAUGAUCUACCUCACCCAAAAAAAUGUUCCCGGCAGUACAAAUUCCACUCUAUCCCUGCAUGUAGUUCAAAUUCUACGCUGAAAACCAAGAAUUUGGUCAAAGAAUUGGCCUCGUCAAGCAGAAAAAGCUUAGAAACUUCUCCGAAGUGUCAAGCAACUCAUCCAAUACCUGUCAGCACUAAACCUGACCGGAGAGACAGCGAUUUGGACGUUCAGACCCACCACUUCAGUGCAACCGAUAAGCAACAUAUAAAAACAAGCUGUUCAUCCUCGCUGGUGCGUCGGCACGACCCUCAACUUGAAGACAUCAACCUUGACUGCUCCUCGAGUCCAACCAAGAACACGGUAACCGAAAAGCUUGAACGAUUACCAACGAACGCUCCAUCAGCAAACGUCCAAGUACACUUGUCUUCUGAAAAAGAGGCGAUAACUGAUAAUCGCAGUGAUGAUAUGUUUGAUUGUACAUCACAAGGCGUGAGGGGAAACGCGUCUGAGCCGUCGAUAUCUGACGAUAAGUCGCCAAAUAAUUGUGUGACGAUGGCGAAAAAACGGACGGAGAGCGAAAGUGAGACUUGCAAGAUUUCCCCGAUCAAGGAAGCGCAUGGCUCAUUGGUGGAACGCUCUGAGAUUAAAAGCAUACAAGAUGUCACUCCUGCACCGCAACACAAAGACAAGGUAUCCUGUAGAGAUAACAUAUUGAAUUCUUGUGGUAACCUUGAUACGAGUAACGGCCUUGAAAUGAAAGAUCAAACAGGCUUGUUUGAGUCACUUGUUGCGAAGCAUAAUUCCAAUACAUAUAAUUUACAUGAUUCGUUGACACAGGAUCCUGCUGGUAAUGCGUUGGAUGAGCGCAUGUCCGGUCUCGAACUGAAAAUACCAAUCUUCAAGUCAGGCAAGACAAAAGAAAAUCAAAUAUAUCCAAAACCGGCUCAGCAAGUUUGCAACAACGUUAUUCCUACCCUUGCCAAAGAUGUUCAAGAUUGUAAAAUUAAUAAGCCGCACGCCAACUCUAUCAAUUUAUUGCCUUCGCCCUGUGUUGAGACAGGUGCUUACACUGAGGUUUCUGGAACAGACAGACAGACAAGAAUGAUCGUAAAAAUUAUCAAGCAAUUUGGGAAAAGUGAGUUUAGUCAGUUGACGGACACUCAAAAAGGUUACCUCAGAAACGCUGUUUUAAAAUUCGUGGCAGACGCUGAAGCUAAUCGAGCAGAUCAGAAUGUACUGUAA